GCCGAGAGCGUCGCGCUGCGCCCCCGCCCCGGGGUCGGUCAUGGUUGCGCCUGCGCAGGUCCCGGCUUGCUCGCAGUCCCGCGGGGCGCCCGCGGCGAUGGGUUGGGGAAAUGGACGCCUGGAGAACGGAAAUCCAGUUAUCAAAAUGGACUCGAGAAGAGAGAACCUAACAGAACAAUAACAAUGGAAGAAAUUGGGAACAUUAUCACAAAGCUAUGAUCCUGCCAAACUCCAGGCUCAGAUGAUGUCACAGGUUAAAAAAUGCCCUUCAUGAAAAAGAUCUUAAGCAACGUGAUAGAUUCAGAAGCUCAUGAAAAGAGGCCACCAAUACUUACAUCUUCAAAACAAGAUAUAUCACCUCAUAUUACAAAUGUUGGUGAAAUGAAGCAUUACGUGUGUGGCUGCUGUGCAGCCUUCAACAACGUCACAAUCACAUAUCCCAUUCAAAAGGUCCUCUUUCGACAACAGCUGUAUGGCAUCAAAACCUGGGAUGCGGUACUUCAGUUGAGAAGGGAUGGAUUUCGAAAUUUGUAUCGUGGAAUCCUUCCCCCAUUGAUGCAGAAGACAACUACACUUGCACUUAUGUUUGGUCUGUAUGAGGAUUUAUCCUGCCUUCUCCGCAAGCAUGUCGGUGCUCCAGAGUUUGCAACCCGUGGCGUGGCGGCAGUGCUUGCAGGGACAACAGAAGCAAUUUUCACUCCACUGGAAAGAGUUCAGACAUUGCUUCAAGACCACAGGCAUCAUGACAAAUUUACCAACACUUAUCAGGCUUUCAAGGCACUGAAAUGUCAUGGAAUUGGAGAGUAUUAUCGAGGCUUGGUGCCCAUUCUUUUCCGGAAUGGACUCAGCAAUGUCUUGUUUUUUGGCCUUCGAGGUCCCAUUAAGGAGCAUCUGCCUACCGCAACGACUCACAGUGCUCAUUUGGUCAAUGAUUUUAUCGGUGGAGGUCUAUUGGGUGCCAUGUUGGGAUUCUUGUGUUUUCCAAUUAAUGUUGUAAAAACUCGCAUACAGUCUCAGAUUGGUGGGGAAUUUCAGUCUUUCCCCAAGGUUUUCCAAAAAAUCUGGCUGGAACGGGACAGAAAACUGAUAAAUCUUUUCAGAGGUGCCCAUCUGAAUUACCAUCGGUCCCUUAUCUCUUGGGGCAUAAUCAACGCAACUUAUGAGUUCCUGUUAAAGGUUAUAUGAAAAAAACUAUCAGUUAAGUGCCAUUUAUCAACUGAAUAGACCUUCUAAGAAGAAUGCAGUUUGGCCUCUUUCUUAAUUGGCCAAAUACAAGUUGGUGUCAUAACUCCAGGCCACAGUGAGUUACGGGCAAAGCUGUUUUCCUUAAGCAUCAACAAAACAGAAUAAAAGGUUCCAAUAGGAAAA